UGCACUUACCAACAUACCUAGAGAAUCGCACUGACGCAUUUACCAUGCAGAGCCGAGAUUCGGAUAUUGACGAGUCUCAGGUCCCGGGAACGGUGUUGCUCAUUGAUAUUGAGCACGCCACCGGCACGCUACAUGCUUCGAAGCAAACCGACAUCAUCCUCAUCCCAACACCAUCAACCGAUGUAAAUGACCCUUUGAACUGGUCGCCAUGGAGGAAGCGUCAGCAUCUCAUUUGUCUGAUUGCUUACACUAUGUUUAAUGGCAUGGCUUUAUCCGUGGUGUACUCGCUUUUGGUUCCGCUGUCCACAGCUUUAGACGUCAGCGUUGGUAAUCUCAACGAAGGGACGGGAUACAUGUUCUUGUUAUGCGGAUGGGGCCUGCUUUUCUGGCAGCCGUUUGCUCUCCAAUAUGGAAAACGACUGACAUACCUACUAUCCAUGCUAGGCAUAGUGGCUGUCUCCGUCUGGAGCCCAUAUGCCAAAGGCCAAGGCCAAUGGAUCGCCCGCAAUAUCGUUGCCGGCUUCGUUGCCGCACCAAUCGAGGCUCUGCCAGAAACUUCCAUUACGGACAUUUACUUUGCUCACGAGCGAGGCACCUACAUGGGAUGGUAUGCGUGGAUUCUAGCUACCUCUAAUUAUUUUGCACCUGUCAUCUGCGGCUUCAUCAACGAUAGCAUGGGCUUUAAGUGGCCAUUUUACUUCAUGGCCAUAUUUAGCGGUGCUUGCUUCGUAUUCCUUUUCUUCUUCUUGGAAGAGACAAAUUACGAUCGUCAGUCUGUAGGAAUGAUCUACGCUGAAGAUGCUCAUGAAGGCUUGGAGACAGCUCUUCCCCGGCACGGCGUCAAUCACGCUGCCGUACUCCAAGGCAGUGAAAAAAGUUACUGGCAGAAGCUUGCUUUGUUUGACAAAUCGCGGCCAUUCCUGAUGCACAGACACGCAUGGCAGAUUUUGAGAUUGAUCGCCUGGCCAGUUGUUUUUUACUCGGGUUUCUCGUACGGCACGUAUCUAAUCUGGUUCAACAUCUUGAACGCAACAUCAUCAGUCGUCCUCGGCGGCGCUCCGUACAACUUUAAGCCAAGUAUUAUCGGCCUAAGCUAUCUGGCAUGUGUUGUAGGUGUUGUUCUUGGGUCAGCUUACAGUGGAAUAAUCUCGGACUGGUUUAUUAUCAAGCUUGCACGACGCAAUCGUGGGAUUUUUGAGCCAGAGCAGCGUCUAUGGCUAUUCUCAUUGACAACGAUAUUGGUGCCGGCUUGCCAGAUCCUCUGGGGCGUUGGGGCUGCCCAUCAUGUCCAUUGGUUUGGACUCAUCGUGGCAAUGUGUGUUCUCGCAGCUUGCAAUACAGCUGGCAUCACCCUGUCUAUCGCAUACCUCGUUGAUUCGUACCGAGAAGUAUCAGGAGAUGGGCUUGCAUCGUGCAUCAUUAUUCGCAACACAAUGAGUUUUGCUAUAAAUUAUGGCAUCACGCCUUGGCUGGACGGCCUUGGCUUACAGGAUUGCUUCAUCAGCGUCGCAUUUGUUGCACUGGCCAUCUGCUCCAUUUUUUUGCCAGUUAUCUGGUUCGGCAAAAAGCUUCGUAACGUAAAGCGGGAGAGUUAUUGGCGAGAGGUCAAGCCCAGAAGUGAUUAA